GUGGGUUCAAUGUUGACUCGAGAAAGUUGGAGAGUUAACGCGACUUGUAGUUGUUGUCUGCGUUGAAACGCUGCUUGUCACGUUUCGCCAUGUCUUCGUCAUUUUUCAUGAAGGGGAAAGAAAACCCCAAGUUAGCGAAAAAGGGGAAAAACGUAGCGGCGACGAAACGUAAGGUUGAUGGAGAUUCAGCAGGAAAGAGUAAAGUACGAGCGAAGAAAGCCAGCAAAUACAACGAAGAGAUUUCCAGCGAGUCUGAGACAGAGAGUCCUGCCUUGACCAAGAAAAAGCAGUCCAAUGAGAGCCAUGAAUAUGAUGAAACGCCACAGGAGAAGAAACUUAGAUUAGCCAAGCUUUACCUUGAACAGCUCAAGGAUGAAGAGGAACAGAAAGCAGAAGAAGACUCCUUUGAGACAGAUCUGAUUGCGGGAAGACUUCAAGAAGAAGUGCUUGAACAGAAAGGAAAGCUCCAGCGACUUAUUGCCAAAGAUCUCAUACCACCGGAUGCUUCAGAGAUCAGGGUGUUAAGAGGACACAAACUUCCCAUUACCUGUCUGGUCAUCACACCUGAUGACAAGUGCAUCUUCUCUGCUGCCAAAGACUGCUCCAUCAUUAAAUGGGAUGUUGGGAGUGGUAAGAAACUGCACACAAUACCCGGUGGAAGGAAAGGUACAGAGGAACGCCAUGUAGGACACACAGCACACAUCCUGUGUAUGGCCAUAUCCUCAGAUGGAAAAUACUUGGCCACCGGAGACAUGAACAAACUGAUCAUGAUCUGGGAGGCGGACACGUGUAAACAUCUGUAUAAAUUCACGGGACACAAAGGCCCUGUGUCGGGUCUUUCAUUCAGGAAGGGAACUCAUGAUCUGUACAGCGCCUCACAUGACCGCUCCGUCAAGGUGUGGAAUGUGGAUGAGAACGCAUACGUGGAAACUCUCUUUGGCCACCAGGACGCUAUCACAGGACUGGACUGCCUGAGCCGUGAGCGCUGUGUGACCGCGGGGGGACGAGAUCGCACCGUGAGAGUGUGGAAGAUCGCCGAGGAGUCUCAGCUGGUGUUUCACGGCCACGAGGGUUCGAUUGACUGCAUCCAGCUCAUAAACGAGGAGCACAUGAUAACCGGAGCCGACGACGGCUCCGUGUCUCUUUGGAGCGUCAACAAGAAGAAGCCUCUCAGCACGGUGAAGCAGGCUCACGGUUGCCAUGGCGACGCCGGGCUGGAGCAGCCUCACUGGGUCGCUUCGGUGGCGGCGCUUCAGAACUCGGAUACCGUCGCCUCAGGUGCCUCUGGCUGUUCCCACAACUCACAGGUGAACGUGUGGAAGUGUGGCCAGAGUUAUCGUGGGCUGGAGCCUCUGUUCAGCGUACCGGUGUCCGGUUUUGUCAACAGUCUCAAGUUUUCGAGCUCCGGGCAGUUCUUGGUGGCAGGAGUCGGACAGGAGCACAGGUUGGGCCGAUGGUGGAGACUAAAGGAAGCCAAGAACGGGAUCUACGUUAUUCCUCUUAAAAGGAAACCAGAGGAAGCCAAAGUGGCAGAAUAGUGAAUUGUUACGUGUCUUUUGUUUUGUAAAUUAAAGGUUUAAUAAAACGC